UAUAAUAUUGUAUAUGAAAAUACUUGAGGACUGUGAAUUCCGUAGUUGGUGUACUCUUUUUUGUGGCCACCAUGUAUAUUAUACUGUCGUCACAGGAAUUUUGGAGUGUGAAAGAAGACAAAUUAAAAUUCCGUUUCUGAUGAAGUGGCUUUAGAGGAUGCUUGAAGGGUUUUCGUGUCCUGGUACCAAAUUCCAGAUAAAUGAUGGAUGUACCAGGUUGAAGGAGCUUCUUUUUGAUUAAACUACAGCAACAUCAACCAUGGCUGGCUGGCACAGUCUCUCUGGCUACCUCUUCUAUAAACAGGGUGGUGCCCUGGGCAAGUUCAAGUCCAAACGACGUCAGUGGUAUCUUUUCGAUGAAUCAGGAUGUCAGUUAGUCUGGUACAAGACCCAAGAGGAUUCUGGGACCAAGGCACCACUAGGGGCCAUCGAGAUAGGUGGUUCUUCUAUCUCUCUCAAUCUCGACAUGAAUAAUCAGUUUGUUAUAACGGCCAAGGGUAAAGAACAUGUGUUUACUGCUGACAACCAUGAGUCCAUGAUGAUAUGGCUGCUGGGCCUUCAGGCCAAACGGGAUGCCUAUGCACAGAAGAAGACUCCAUCCAUAACUCAGUCGGGAAACAUGCGAAGAGCUUACAGCGUUAACGAUGUAUCACCAGGUAGUCCCUCCAACUGGCAGAGUGUGUCAGUCAAAAUGAAGAAGGCUUAUGAAUAUUUUGAAGCAAUGACAAGAAGUUUUAAGAGUCCAAGUAGCCCCUUGCAAAGGAGUCCCUCUUGGGUGUCACUUCAGAAGCGAGGUUCCGAGCCGGCCGUGUCACACGCCUGCACAAGUAUGCCCGACUCGUUAUCCCGCGGCAGUUCUUUCCGUCUUCAGUCACAUUCCAGUCGUCCGCCCUUAAUCGCAGAGGACGAGCACUUCCGGCCAAGGUUGAGGAAAUCAGACACAAUAAACGAGGUGAUGAACAAUCCAAGGGCAGCAUUUGAUAAUGUGAUUCCAGCCGAAAAAAUUGAAAUUAAGCCAACAACUUCUCCAGUAGGAGAUCCAAAAACCAAUCCGUGGAAAGGUACACGUUUCCACGAGAUGCAGAUCCCACUUUCGAAAAGUUUCUCCCCUGGUCUUGGUCUUGACGAGGUCAGCGCCAGCAGCACGGAGAGCAGACGCACCGGAAGCAUCUUAGAACGAUCGUCCAGCGGCGGUUUGAACGAAAGCGACGAAGAUGAUGUUGGGGACGUUUUCGAUUACGAUCUUCUAGCAGCAAAAGAUGAAGGCUAUGAGGUCAAGGUCAAUACAGGGAAGCCUUUAUCAGAACGGGCGGAAUCGCGGACUUCCAAUCAUCAGGAUGUUCAAAGCGAGAGAACGAGUUCUUGGUCAGGCCAGUCGAGUGAUUCUGCCAUCGACCGUGGGGAGACCAGCAUGAGUGAACUUCAUAACAGACUUGCCGAUAUGGAGAAGGAACUCAUUGUCGACAAUUACUUUUUGUCUGAGAAUACCAAGAUUGAGCUGGCCAAAGUGAUGAAUCGGGAGGCUUGUAUCAAGACUGUCUUGGACAAGAGAGACUUGGCCAUUCAACAGUUAGAUGAGAAAUUGGAGAGAUUAGAACAUUUGGAGUUCACGCAGGAGGGAAAUAAUAAUCUGUCUGCAGCAGUGUAUGCUAAGAAGCUUAAGGAACAGUGCCGAGUCUUACAGAACCAGAAUCGCUUCCUCAACGAGGAGGUGAAAAAACUUACCAGGAUUAGACAGAUGGAGAUGGCCAAAUUCUCAGAACAAGAAGAACGGAAUCGAGACUUGGAGUCGACGAUUGAGAAAUGGAAGCGGGACUACCUCUCUAUCCUUCAGUCAUGUAUCUCGGUGCCUUCAGGAGACAUCUUGGAUGGUAUGGAGGUGAAUCUGUAUGGAGGGAACAGGCACAAGGACAGAAUCCAGUUCCUGCUCGAUGAGGCAAAGAAGACAAACCCAUGUCUCCCGACAUUAGAAAGAUUGUCCAAGGGGGAGGUGCAUGUAGAUAGCCUCGGCUUCAGACACAGCUAUGACAAUGAGGGUUUGAUGCUGCACUAUGUGUGCACCCAGCUCCACGAGCACUACGCCUCUCUCCUCACCAGUCAUGAGGAGCACCAACUCAAGUGGAAGGAGUAUCUCUUAGAACACAGGAACAGCCUUCAUAAAACAAGAAAAAGACUAAUGUAUAGAUAUAAAUCUUGCUGCCCGAAAGAACUGAAGAUGAUGAUCCGAGGAGGAAUCCCUCCCCAGUACAGGGGCGAGGUCUGGAAGCAGCUGAUCAGUAACCAAUGCCGUGAUAUCAUCACGGAGAAAGGCCAACAUUACUAUAGCAACCUGGUCAAUGGCAUCUCAGAUUCACAGUAUGCUGGUCAGUAUAGAAAACAAAUCUCACUGGAUCUGCUGCGGACGAUGCCGACUAAUGUUCACUUCGACACCACAGAUGCCGACGGGAUUCAAAAGAUGCAGGAGGUGUUGCAGGCAUAUUGCGUCCACAGCACAACCAUGGGCUACUGCCAGGGGAUGAACUUCAUUGCAGCUAUGAGCUUAUUGUUUAUGGACAAGGAAGAUGCAUUUUGGUGCUUGGUAGCUAUGACAGAAAAGUACUUCACUCCUCAUUACUUCGAUCACAACCUGAUCGGGGCGCAGGCUGACCAAGAAGUCCUCAAGGAACUCCUCAAAGAGAAGUUACCCAAGCUCCACCAGCAUUUGGAUGACCUUGACAUUGAGAUUUCCACAGUGACCUUGAACUGGUUCUUGGCGAUAUUCUUCGAUUCAGUCCCGAUGGAGACUCUACUCCGCAUAUGGGACUGCUUCCUUCUCGAGGGUCCCAAAGUCCUGUUCCGUUUUGCCAUCGCCAUUUUGAAGAUUCACGAGAAAGCGCUCUUGGAGAAGGAGGAUACAAUUAGCAUCAUGAAGCAUCUCAAAUUGUGUGCUAGACUGACGUUCGAUUCUGAUGGCCUCAUAAAGGUUGCUUUUGAUGAAAUGAGGCCUUUCCCGCGGAGGAAGGACAUUGCCAGUAAACAGACCGUCUAUCUCAAGAUGUUGAAAGAGCAGGUCCGAAAGCGUGAAGAGGAGAGGCGCCACCUAGCUGAAAGAGAAGAAAUGUUCCGUGAGCUAGAGCUGACUCCCACUAACGCGCUUAUCAUCGAGUGUGCCUCAGCAUACAUGGAUGGUAAAAUCUGGAUGUGUCACGGCGAGCAGAGUUCAGGCAAGAUCUGUAAGAUCAACUGUGAUGAGAACAUAAUGCAUGACUUGAACUGCGAGUUUGAUUCUCGCAUCAUGUGUAUCACUGCCGUGACAGAAGACCUCAUGUUGUUGGGCACACUCUCAUGGACACUGUAUGCAUUCUCCACUGUAUCGAGGGAGCAGCUCUGGAACACACGACUUCACGAUGCAAUACUUGACCUGUGCUGCCAUCAAGAAGAGGGGGAGAAAAAUAAAGUGUUUGCAGCAUUGGCCGAUGGGACGAUAGCUAUAAUGGAGGACAUCAAUGAAGACCAACCCAAAAGUGAUGGCUUCUACAUUCUGAUUGGACACAACCCUGUGACAUCAUUACUACUGAUCAACCAGCAGCUGUGGUGUGCCAGUGGGAACAGUGUGGUCAUCCUCCAUGCGAGCACAUUGGACACAAUGGAUAGCUUUGCUGUCUCCAGCACCCCCUUCGAUCAUAUCCUCCGCCUCAUGAAAGGUGACCACGGAGUGUGGAUUGCUGUCAAGGGGUCGUCAACACUGGAAUUAUGGGAUACCAAACAACUGGUUUGUCGUUUACUUUACGAUGUACGCGAAAACCGAUAUUAUAUGUCCAGACGGGUAAGUGUGGAUGAGGAUGAAGAGAAUUAUUUCAACCCUUCAAGGAUCACUGCCAUCUUGCCUUAUGAUAAUUACAUGUGGGUUGGGACGGCACGAGGCGACCUCAUCAUUUAUGAGAUUACAGAGAAACUGCUGAGUAAACAGGGGGCAGCAUCAGGUGUGGACGCUUCAUCCAACAUGACCUCGACCAGCUGCACAACAAGCUUAUCCAGCUCCCCCUAUACGCCAAGCCGGAGUGAACUCAUUGCCAAGAUAACACCAAUGGACUCAGUGGAAGAAAAGGUUCGGGAGUUGUAUUUUGAACGAAUGCACGUCGAGAAUGAAGACAAGAGUAACGACGACCAUGACAGGGAGGUGGAAGACUCUGAGGAGCAUUUGAGUGAUGCCGAAAACCUCAACAAGGUGGCGUUGACUCCUAGAAGCUCGCAGGACACCGACAGCACAUUCACUGACGCCACUUGCAAGACCGUGUACAAAACUGGGAGUGGCUCGGACAGUGGAGUAGUGUUAUCAAAAAGUAACAUAGUUACUGUGAAAAGUCAAUCGGCAUCCGGGCAGGUUGGAAUGAAGGUCCUUGAAGCAGAUGUUAGCCAUGAACAGUCAAAGGAGGGUGUUCAUUUACAGAUUUUUGUCCAAGUUCAGGCGGGAAAAGAUCAGAGUACCGUCAAUCAUAAGUGUGUCGGGACGGAUUCUGGUGAGAGUGAAAGUGAGGGGGAGAGGUUAAAAUCUCAAGACGCGAAAUUAGACAGUUCUAUUUCUGAAAAUAUAACUGAUGUUCUGGUGGAAUCUGCAGAAUCUCUAGAAAAUUCCAAAAUGUCUGACUCUGGAAUGGAUAAGCUGGUGGUGCCAGAUGGACAGUGGGGGCGGGAUGUAAAUCAGGAAUCUGAGGAAGAAGAGUUUGUCGAUGCAGAGGCGGGGAGUGCGACAAACAGCCCAAAGAAGGCUGUCAAGGACAGAGGUGAGGUUGGUGAGGAGGUGUCAGACGACGAGGAUGAAAUCUGUGGAAAGGACAAUUUGGGGUCAUCUGAGAACGUGACGACUCCAAAGACACAUUUGAGUUCAAUAAGUGCUCCUCAGGUGAAAGAAAUGAUUGGUCCUGAGAAUGGUGAAAUUAUUGACAAACAAAGUGAGAAUGUUAUGGCAGACAGCUCUGACGCUGUGGUGAAAAUGGACAGUGAAAACAUGGAAAAUUCAGUUGAAAAUGUUGCAGAUAACAUUGAUAAUCUAGUGCCAAGUUCAUGUCAGAUUAAAGUAGAAAGUGUGAGUGGUGAUUCUGGUGCCACAACUGCUGAGGACCACCUUAGCGAUGAUGUAUUUCAAGAUGAUUUAAAGGCAAAGUCGAGAAAGGAUUCCAAAGGAAAGUUGGAAAAAGUUGAAGUGAAAAAAGACAGCCUUCAUCAGUCCCAUGCUUUAACUCCAGAUGAUCCAUCACAGCGCCCUCUGUCUCCAAUAAUGGAACGACAUGAGAACACCAGUACGUGUACCACAAGUAGCUACCAAGAACAACCGAAAAGUGGUGUGAGCACGCCACAGAAAUCUGGCCCAGACAAGUUGAAAGUCGAAAUUGUUGUUGAGGGCGAUUCAGAAAAGCAAGAAAAGGAUUCUCAAUUAUGUCCACAAAUAAAUCAUUUAGGGGAUAGUUUAGAAACGGAUAAGAAUUCGGCACUGUGGUCAAGUUAUGAGGAUAUGUCCUCUACGAGAGAGUAUGAUUCACAAUCUCUGCCGUCCGAGGCGAAGGAUGUUGUCAACCCAUUGCUGUUGGGGCCGCAGUGGGGUCGUAAAGAUCGGAGACCGUCCUCGGGAGUUGUUUCGGCGACUAGCGACUUCCCGUACACAUAUGACAUGACACUGCUGGUCAAGAUGAAGAUCAGUGAUAAACCGAUCAAGGCCUUAUUGAAAACCAGGAGCGGUGGUGAGGAUGUUGUCAUAUCUUGUGCUGGUUGCUAUAGCGAUGACGAACCCGUUCUUAAAUGGCGAAAAGAGGCAAAUGAGAAACUUUGGACGAACGAGCCAAUAUUUGAGAUCUGCCAGCUGACGAAUACACCAAAGCCGCCAUCUUACAUGCGCCAUCGGCUUAGUUUCUCGUCGAUGUCACAGAGGAGUGGUGAUAGCAGCGGUCCGCAGUCAGUCUCCUCACCGAGAAUGAGUAUCAGUUAGGUGGUGCAAUGCACCAGGGCUUGAUUCAAAUGAACUGCAACUACAUGUACUCUAAACUAGGUCAGGAGCCAUUGCAAGAUACAAGAAUAUCAUGAGAAUCCUUCCAUGAUGCAGAUGGAGCGACUAUAAUCUUAGGAUGUAAAUAAUUUUAGGACGAAUAAGUCAAAUUAUAUUCCUCUGACAAUGUCAAUGACAUAACACUGAUGUUACAAAGUUUUACAAAAGUUGUGUGAUAUAUUGAAUGUUACAUAUACAGCAGUUUAGUCAUAUUAUAUUUAGUGUGUAGAUGAUCUCUGAUGAACUAUAAGAUUAAGUUUCAAAAUUGAGACAAAUUUGUCGGAAUCUGGGAUCCAAAAUCAAUGAACACAGCUCAUCAGUUGAUAAUCUUGUAAAGAGACUUUUGAUGAUGAAAAUUUUUGAUGAAGUACCCAGGAAUAUGUGUACAACAUUUUGAAAAAAAGAAAAUUUCAAAAGUAUCUUAAAAAAGUUGUUUUAAGAUGUCACAAAAUGGAAAUGUACCAAGCAUGUUUUUGUAUUGUAUAAAAUUCUGACAAAUUUGAGCUGGAAUUAAAAGUGUAGACUAGACUAGGGCCUUAGACUGCUGAUACCUGUGUAAAUAUGUGCCUUGUGACCUGUGAUACCAUUUUGUUCAGUAGGAUUUCUAUUCUUUAGACUUGGAGUGAUUUUCCACAUGCAAUACUUUUUACUUUGUGAAUUUCACCUAAAAAUUUACAAGUCUUCUUUAUUCUUCUUGAAAGAUUCAAUGUAAUGACAAUGCUGCUGCGAUUACAUUUUCCAGGGAUUGUUUAUUUGGAUUCCUGUAGUAGAAUGACACAGUAAGAAAAUGGUAACGAUGGUAACUGGACGAAUAAUCAGGUUUUUGUCUCGGUUCAGAAGAAAUUAACCUUUAAAAAAAUCAAAUUGUGAUUGUAAAAUUGUUUGUGAUAAACUUAAAUACUCUGUGAUUUUGGUUGUAAAUUUCACUGUGAUUGAAGAAUGGGUGAGGGGAGGGGGGGGGGGCAGGGGCAGGGGCACUGAAAUCUGUUGUUUGUUAUUUCUUGAAAUUUUUUGACAAACAUCUUACCAAAUAGAGCUAAAAAUUAACCACAUAAUUUUUUUUGUCCAGAUUGUAUGUAUUGUGAUAUCGGUGUAAAUACUGUUAAGUUACAUGUAGAGACAAUGCAUUUAGUUACGGUUUAGUUGGAAUUAGAGAUCUGUGAAUGUGAUAAAAUGUAACAGUUAUGUUGUGUAUGAAAACUUUAUGUUGAUACUAGUCAAUAUUUCAUGAUACAAAUAAUUAAUGAGGCAACCCAUUAUAGGUCACUCUACUGAUAAAACCAUCACAAUUUUCUCUCGAAUCACCAAAAUGAGGUGAUGUAUCAAGGACAGCUAAGGUGAAAAGUGUUGCUAAUUAACUUUUUAAAGAAGUUAUUUUCUGUACUAUAGUCUCUACUCAUGGCUUAUGUUUAAUAGACAAUCGCAUUACAUUCAGCAUUUCUAUAUUUGGGCUAUUUACAUUUGGACCAUCUCAAAAUUGAAUGGCACCAACAGAAGCUAGAGGAUUGGGAUUGGAUUGGGAUUGGGUUUUUCAAAAUGGAACAAUUUUAAAACACUGAGGCUACAGUUUCAUUUCUCAGAAUUCAGAGAUAGUUCCUUACUUAAUGGUCAACAACUUAGUGUACAGAAAGCAAUGACAUUAUUUUGUUGUGUUGGGUAAAGCAGUAUAGGAGGGAAAUGAAAUAAAUAUUUAUGAAAAAUAAA